UCCACCAUUUAUUUCUGUCUAACCAAACGAACCCUUAAAGAAAAUUAUCGUUUCAUCCUAAACAAACGCACAAAAAAUUUAAAUAUUUUUCGAUUCUUUCCUUUUCUUGCUAGUUCUACCUAACCAAACGAACCCUAAAGAAUUAAAAGAUAAGCUUGAAGUACUCCCCACACAAGGAUAACUUUUGUUUUUUUGUAAUAGUAUCUGGAUCCAAUAUAUAUAUAUAUAUAUAUAUAUAUAUAUAUUAAACUUCUUAUUAUUCUUGAAUUUAUUUUUUAGUCUUAGUUUUUCUGUUGAUCGAGAAACGAAUCACUUAAUAUUCAAAGAAAGGAGUGUACAUUUGACUUUAGACCCUGCAAUGACAUAAUCAAAUUAUUUGUGACGAUUUUAAUAAAAUUGAAACUGAAUCAAACGAAGGAACCACUUAAAUAUAAUCGUUGUUAGUUUUUAUGUAUACACAUAAGAUUAGAAUUAAAUUAUUAAAUUAUAAUUUCUAAGUGAGAAAAUAUAUUCCUUAGAUGAGAGCAGUCAACUUGUUGAUAUAGACCAAUUCAUUUUUAAUUUAUUACCUCUAACGAUUAAUGAGGUCAUGAAAUAAUUAUCAUUGUUGAACUAAUUUGAAAUUUGUAUUUUGUUGAGCUUUACUAAGUAUAGUACUUGUAGUUAGAUGAUAAGCACGUGGAGGGUCGGUUUUAAAGAGUGGCAGUGUGCACAUACAUGGUCGAUCACCACCUUAUUUUUCAACAAUUUAAAAAUAAUCAUAUAAAUUCUAGGAAAAUAUUUUGAUAUUGUAGAAUGAUAUAUUUUAAUUUAUUAUUUAUGUUUUCAUAGAUUAUUAUGUUUCUAUCGGAAUUUAUUUAUUUUUAAAGAAGGUGAUGGAGGACAAAUUGAACAUGAGUAAUCGUGUAGUCAAAGUUUCGAACUUUGUAUCAUUUAUUUUAUUUAUUAUUAUUAUUAUUAUUUUAAAACAUCUAAAUAAUAAGUCCAUUUAUUGUUUUAGGACAAAUGUAACCAUAUAUUAACUAUGCGAUAAGCUACUACAUAAUACUGUAGUAGAAUAUAGAGUCUCUCUCUCACAGUCACACACACAGAGUCGGUGAGAAAAAUGGUGGACACUCACAAAAAGCCUCGUGCCAUUGUUUUCGCAUACCCUCUUCAAGGUCAUUUAAUCCCAGCCGUUCAUUUGGCCAUGAAGCUUGCAUCAAAGGGCUUCACCAUCACCUUCAUAAACACCCAAUCAAUCGACCACCAGAUAUCCAAAGGCAAACCACACGCCGCCGCCGGAGAUGACAUCUUCGCCGAAGCCCGUGAAUCCGGUCUAGACAUACGUUAUGCCACCGUGAGCGACGGUUUUCCAGUGGAGUUGGACCGGUUCCAAAACUUGGUUCAGUUCCGGGAGGUUCACCUCCAUCACAUAUGUAGACAUGUGGAUGAACUCGUCGGAAAGAUAGUCCGGACGGCGGAACCACCGGUAUCUUGUUUGGUCGCCGACACGUUCCAUGUUUGGACUCCGAUGAUUGCGAAAAAGUAUAACCUGGUUAAUGUUUCCUUCUGCACACAAAUUGCUUUGGUUUUCACUCUCUACUAUCACUUGCACCUUCUAAAGAACAAUGGUCAUUUCGCUUCUAACUGUAAUCGCAAGGACACCAUAGAUUAUAUUCCUGGAGUUAAGGCUAUAGAGCCAACGGACCUGAUGUCAUAUCUUCACGAUACCAAUAUAUCAACAGUGCUGCACCAGAUCAUCUACAAGUCCUUUGAUGAAGUCAAGGCAGCAGACUUUAUUCUCAUUAACACCGUGCAUGAGCUCGAAUCUGAAACAAUCUCAGCCCUACAUCAAAAGCAGCCCACUUUCGCGAUUGGGCCCAUUUUCCCUUCUGACUUCACCAAGAGCAUUGUGGCCACGAGCCUUUGGUCCGAGUCGGACUGCACACAAUGGCUCAACACUAAGCCCACUGGGUCUGUUUUGUAUGUCUCUUUUGGCAGCUUGGCUCAUGUUAGUCAAGAUGACUUAAUGGAGAUAGCCCAUGGGCUUUGGCUUAGUGGAGUGAGUUUUGUUUGGGUGCUUCGGCAGGACAUUGUAGAUUCUAGAGAGGCAUAUUCCCUUCCCGUUGGAUUUGAAGAUAGUAUCAAAGAUAGAGGAUUGAUCGUGACGUGGUGCACUCAGAUUGCUGUGAUGUCGCAUCCAUCGGUGGGAGGGUUUUUAACUCAUUGUGGUUGGAAUUCAGUGCUGGAGGGUAUAUGGUGUUCUCUUCCUUUGCUUUGUUUUCCUUGCUUUUCUGAUCAAAUCCCUAAUCGAAAAUUAGUGGUUAAUGAUUGGAAGAUAGGAAUCAAUCUAUGUGAUGAGAAAUCAAUCACUAUGAAAGAAGUUGCGGAUAAGAUCAACCGUCUGAUGAGUGGAAAAUCAGCUGAUGGAUUGAGGAGUGAGGUCAAGAAGGUUAAAAGAACAUUGGAAAAUGCAAUUGCAACUGAUGGAUCCUCAGAGAAAAAUUUUAAUCAGUUUAUCAAAGAUCUUGAAGUCAAAAUUCACAAAAAACGUGGUCUUGCUACAUUAUCACAACUACCAUAAGGUUCAAUGGAUAUCUGGCCAAGCUUAUGCUGUAUUCAACAACAUGGAAUUAAUUUCUUUAAAUUAGAAGCUUGGUAACAACAUACUUGGAUCACACUUAAAUUGGAAUUUCUCCUAUUCCUAAAGCUCUUUUAAGUUGUUAAUCUUUAUCCCAAAAUUAUUCUGGUUUUCAUCAUAAAUUUUUAUUAAAAAUGUGAGGGUGUUUUACCUCUCAUUUUCAUUA